AUAUGUGUUUCCGAUAUUUCAGGCUGCACGUGGAGGCAGCACUGCAACCUGUCUGUUAAGUCCAGCUGAUCUGCGUCAAAAUGAUUCAGAGCUGAAACUUUUCCUCGCUCUGACGAACAGAGAUGAGAGGAGACAUUUAGUGUUUGGCGGUUUCAGAUGGCAGCUUGCAAGCCAAGCUUUUUGUCAGAGCUGUCUGGAUGGAGGAGUGCCUAAACUGGCGAGUUGCCGAUGUUUGGAGGGAGAGAGUUCCAGAGAGAUGGGGGCAGCGAUGGCAAAUGCUCUGUGUUGAACAGAUGUUGAACAUACAGACAAUGGCCGUAGAGAGCAAUGUGUGGAACACCUGUGACUACAGCCACAACGUCACCUUCUUCUACAACUUGGUUGGUAAGGUCAUCAGCACAGGGUGGACAACUCGGGACUAUGCAGUGAUUGGACUGGGGUUGACGGUAUGUCUCAUUGUAGUCCUGGCCAACCUGAUGGUGAUGGUGGCCAUCUUCCUGAACCACCGCUUCCACUUCCCUAUCUACUAUCUCCUUGGCAACAUGGCUGCAGCAGACCUGUUUGCAGGUAUUGCCUAUGCCAACCUGAUGUUGAACACUGGCCCCUGGACCAGCACACUCACCAAGAAGCAGUGGUACAUCCGUGGGGCUUUGAUUGACAUCAGCCUGACAGCCUCUGUGGCCAACCUGUUGGCUGUGGCAGUGGAGCGCCACCAGACCAUCAUCACCAUGCAGCUGCACAGCAGGAUGACCAAGCGGCGCGUGGUGCUGCUGAUCGUCUGCAUCUGGGCUGUGAGUAUUCUGGGCUUGGUGCCCUCAACUGUUUGGAACUGUGAGUGUGAUCUGGAUGACUGCUCCAGUGCUCCCCUCUACAGUCGACGCUUCAUUUUCUGGGCAGUUCCUCAACCUGCUCAAUUUCUUAUCAUGGUGGGCAUGUACGCCCGCAUCUUCAUCUAUGUGAGAUACCAGAGCAGAUACACAUCGCAGCACUCCUCGGAGACACGGCAGACUGUUUUCAACCUGAUGAAAACCAUCUCCAUGGUCCUGGGUGCCUUCGUGAUCUGCUGGACGCCGGGCCUUGUGACCCUCUUACUGGACGGGCUGUUGGGUAAAGCCAGCAAUGUCAACUCCUAUGAGAAGUACUGUUUGGUGAUGGCAGAGUGCAACUCUCUGGUCAAUCCCAUCAUCUACUCCCUGCGAGAUGACGAGAUGCGAGGGACAUUCAAGUGGAUUCUGUGCUGCCUGUGUCGCAGAGGAGCUGGCCAGCCGAGGAAGCAGGCACCUGUGGAGAUUGCUUCAGCACUGCCAGAGGAAUCUCUGAACUGUGUCCAGACGUCAGAAGAUCAAGCUGCAUGUGUGGAAACAAACAAUAAAGAGGGCAGUUGGACAGUGACAGGGCCAUGAUGUCUGCAGGCCCUCGAUUUACUCAAAUCUUUUACUGGCGUUCAAACUCUCUUUGUGAUAUUGACUCUUUGGAUUUUCUCCUGAAGAGCAGCCAUUUUUUUCAGACUACCUCUCUUCCAUGUUUGUAUUUGUAAAUGUAAUUAAAAAUCUGUUAAGCUGAAAAGGA